GUUGAGUAGGAGGGAAGCCUACAAAAGGGAAGACUCGGGCAUGAGUUCUCAGAGACACCUGGCUAGAAAGAGAGAGAAAGAGAGAGCGGCGGAGUGUGAAAGAGUUAAGGAGGGACACAACUUAUUAAUGAGUAACACACACAUGUUGAUUUCCAAUUUCCUGCUUUAGCUCACAUUUAAAAGACAGGAAAGAGCGGACGAAAAGACACAUGCAAGUGAACUGCUGAGCGAGUGAAGUUUUCACACCUCGACUUCUGUAGCAGACAGACCCUCAAAAUGACUCGUUCCUUGAGAGAGUUGGUGAAGGAGUACAUGUCAGAUCGGCGAGUGCGCAAAUAUCGCCUGGUGACCAAAGACGGACGCUGCAACAUCGAGUUUGGCAACGUGAUGCACCGAAACCGCUUCGCCUACGUCCUGGACAUAUGGACCACCUUCGUAGAGACCCGAUGGCGGUUCGUCAUCUUGCACUUUGUGGCGUCCUUCACCCUCAGCUGGUUCAUCUUCGGCCUCUUCUGGUACUGGAUCGCCAGAGACCACGGCGACUUGAAGUGGCAGAAUCCCCACGAAAAUCACACGGCUUGCAUCUACAGCGUCAACACCCUGACUUAUGCCUUCCUCUUCUCGCUGGAGACCCAGACCACCAUUGGUUUUGGAAAUGUGUACAUCACCGACGUCUGUCCGGGAGCCGUGGCUCUGAUCAUAAUUCAGAGUCUUAUGGGCGCCAUAAUCAACUGCUUCUGGGUCGGUGUAAUUAUGACAAAAAUCUCCCUUCCCAAGAAGAGAGCCAAGACCAUAACCUUCAGUGACUCUGCAGUUAUCUGCCCCAAAAAGGGCACCCUUUGCCUUCAAAUCCGUGUAGCCAACCUGCGCAAGACCUUGAUGAUCGGUAGCCAGAUUUACGGCAAGCUCCUGAGGACCACAGUCACCCCCGAAGGUGAGACCGUCAUCUUGGACCAGGUCAGCAUUGACUUCAUGGUGGACGCCGGCAAGGACAACCUGUUUUUCGUGUGUCCAAUGACACUAUACCACGUUAUCGACAAAACCAGCCCGUUCUUCGGCAUGGCGGUGGACACUCUGCAUCAGCAGGAGUUUGAGCUCGUGGUGUUUCUCGACGGCACGGCCGAGUCCACCAGCUCCUCCUGCCAGGUCAGGACUUCCUACAUCCCUCAGGAGAUCAUGUGGGGCUACGACUUCCUCCCGAUCAUCUCCCGCAGCAAAGAGGGAAAGUACCGCGUGGACUUUUCCAACUUCGCCAAGGUGGUGCCCGUACCGACCGCUCAUUGCGCCUACUGCUACCACAACGAGGCGGGACACCAUCACCACUCCAUCGACGGCAUUGAUAACCAGGGCUUUGAGGUGAUCGACAUCGAGAUGCCCAACAUCACCAAAAUGUAAAGCUUUUUGCCUGACAUGUACUGAGCAACGUUGUGAGGUCACUAUCUUGCACUAAACUAGAAACACUGGACACAAAUGCGUUCUGUCUCUCAUAGAGAGCACAAGAGCCAAGACGAGUGUUUUAUCUUUUGAAAAUCCCCCAUCUACCCACUGAAAAAUGAAGAGCAGUGGCAUACUCCAUGAAAAGUAUUUAUUAUUUUAAAGAGCAGCUAGCAUUCAAGACUCUCUGACAAGAUUGGAAAUAUAAAAGUGUGAACUGUCCUUGAAGUAACAGUAGAACUGUCUUCUGUUCCGUGUUAAUUAGGAAAGAGAGUAUUAACUGAAAGUUCAUUAAUAUGAGACUGACUUUUAUUAUUGUCAAGUAUUUCAAAUACCAGUGAACAAGCUGAUGCUUUCAUGUCCCGAAUCACUCUGGGACGGUGUAUUUCUUUGUAAAUUAGUAGA